AUGAAGGAUAAUCUACAACAACGAAUCAAAACGUUAUAUAAUCGAUAUAGAGAUUUCCAGGUUCCAAUGCUUCUAACUCCUACCACUGAAGAUGACAACACAUGGAAUAUAUAUAAUAUUAUGAACAAUAAGAUUUUAGAGACAAAACUUGUAGUGCCAUAUGAUAAACGGUUUUGUGGCUCUUCAAAGGGUUGGGUGGUAAUUGUGAAUAAAGAUUGGAUAGUAACACUCUACAAACCUUUUUCUAUGGUUCAAUAUGGGAAUAAUAAUGCUGACACAUGCGUUAUUCAACUUCCACCCUUAUUUCCUAUGAAGUAUGAAGAAGGUGUUGAACCAUAUGAUCCUCUAGAAGAUUUUCCGAAUGACUACGAUAUAUAUAUUGAUUCUGAAAAUGUCUAUUAUUUCCAUAUUUACAAGGCACUGAUUACAUAUGAUCCCCUAGCAAAUCCAGAUGAAUGCAUCGUUAUAGUAAUAUUUAGCGACGUAAACGAGUUGUCAUUCAUUAGACUCUCACACAAUGGUGGCCCCCAAACUUGGAUAAAAAUAGAGCCAAAUUUUUUUUCAGAAGAUAUUUUGUUUUAUAAUGAUUUAUUUUGUGCGGUAACGGGAGACGGCAACUUAAGAUCUUUCGAUCUUAGAUGCUCUAGUGUCAACUCAACAAUAAGGGAACUUGCUCAUGAGAUUCCAUGGAUGACUGGAUUGGAUCUGGUAAGAGAUAUCUGGUGGAAUCAUAUGGACAUAUCAUAA